CUUCCGGUCCCAGAAGCCCCAUGACGGAAGUCGUCAUUGAGUGAGCCCGGCAGCGUCCGUGGUAGCAGGCCAUGGCGAUGGGCAGUGGCGGAGCGGGCUCCGAGCAGGAAGAUACGGUGCUGUUCCGGCGUGGCACCGGCCAGAGUGAUGAUUCUGACAUUUGGGAUGAUACAGCAUUGAUAAAAGCUUAUGAUAAAGCUGUGGCUUCCUUUAAGCAUGCUCUAAAGAACGGUGACAUUUGUGAAACUCCAGAUAAGCCAAAAGGCACAGCCAGAAGAAAACCUGCCAAGAAGAAUAAAAGCCAAAAGAAGAAUGCCACAACUCCCUUGAAACAGUGGAAAGUUGGUGACAAGUGUUCUGCUGUUUGGUCAGAAGACGGCUGCAUUUACCCAGCUACUAUUACGUCCAUUGACUUUAAGAGAGAAACCUGUGUCGUGGUUUAUACUGGAUAUGGAAACAGAGAGGAGCAAAACUUAUCUGACCUACUUUCCCCGACCUGUGAAGUAGCUAAUAGUACAGAACAGAACACUCAGGAGAAUGAAAGUCAAGUUUCCACAGACGACAGUGAACACUCCUCCAGAUCGCUCAGAAGUAAAGCACACAGCAAGUCCAAAGCUGCUCCGUGGACCUCAUUUCUUCCUCCACCACCCCCAAUGCCAGGGUCAGGAUUAGGACCAGGAAAGCCAGGUCUAAAAUUCAACGGCCCGCCGCCGCCGCCUCCACUACCCCCUCCCCCCUUCCUGCCGUGCUGGAUGCCCCCGUUCCCUUCAGGACCACCAAUAAUCCCGCCACCCCCUCCCAUCUCUCCCGACUGUCUGGAUGACACUGAUGCCCUGGGCAGUAUGCUAAUCUCUUGGUACAUGAGUGGCUACCACACUGGCUACUAUAUGGUUUCCCAGGUGUUGGAGAUCGCACCCUGGGGCUUGGGCAUCCUGGGCAAGCCCCACCACUGAGCUGUAUCUCAGCCUGGCCAGUUUUUGAAGUUUAAUGUUUCGUUGGGUUUCAGACAAAAUAAAAAAGAAGGAAAGUGCUCACAUACAAAUUAAGAAGUUCAGCUCUGUCUCAGGAGAUGGGGUGUCGGUGUCCCUGGUCGACAAGAACAGACGUCUCCUCGUCAUCAGUGGACUCUUGGCUAAGUGGUGUCGUCAUCAGCAUCUCCCCGCUGUGGGAGUCCAUCCAUCCUAAGUCAGCAGCAGAGCGUGCCUGGGGCGUGAGCAGUUGGAGGGACCGACCAGUGGAGUGUGCGUGUCGGAAGGCAGUCUACCCAGUCGUGACUGAGCACAAAUGUGCAAUUGUCAUUUUCUUAGCAUGUCAAGAUUUUUAUUAAUGCCUUUAGAAUUAAAUAAAAGUCCUUUUUUGAAAUCUU